GUCUCCAGACAAACGAGGGGCUGAGCUGCAUGCCCCAGUAACACAGCAAGUGGGUGUAGGACACAGGGCUGGGUCUAGAACCAGAGCUCACUGAGUGACUGUAGCACCUCACCAGCUGACUGUGGCCAGGUGUCCACAGUGCGAGGUCAGGGUCCUGGGAGUAGCUGAGUGAGGGUAAGAUAGUCUCACUGACCUUGUCCUGACCCUGGCAGCUGGGGAUCUCCAAGCUGGCCCGCCGGGAAAAAAACCCUCAGAGAGCCCAGAUGAGGCAGCAGAAACGGAAGGUGAGCCUCCUUUGGUGUGGGUGGGGAGGGCCACUGGGACGGAGGGCAGGGCCUCCCCCCCAGCUGGAGUCUCCCCAUCAGGAGAGCAAGGGCCUCCUACUAGGCCCUCCUUCCUGUAGCUGGUGCCUGAAAUGCCCUCAGCAGAGGGCCCAGGACAAAGGCCUGGAAGAGCUGGGCUCAGCAUGCCCUACAGGAAGGGUGGGGUCUGGGACCACAAGGCAUUGUGACCUGUGAACAUCCCAGGCUGUAGGUGACCAUGGGUGCAGCUGGGGGAGGAGAGGGAUAGAAUGGAAGGAGGAAGCUGAAGGUGUCUGGCUGCUCCAAGUCAGAGAUCUUGAGGAGAGGUCUAGGAGACCGGGGUGGGGUGUGAGAUUCCGGACAACAGAACGGGGAAGGCCACUUGCAGGUGGGUGCUCAUCACCACUCCCACCCCAAUGACACAGGGCGUCAUUCCCUUUCUUGGAAUCUUUGUCGAUGACCUAACUCUGCUGCAGAAGUGGACGCAGAAUAAUGUGGCUGCUUUCAAGAUCAUCCAGCAGCUGCAGUUGCUGCAGGUGACUGCCAAUAAUUUCUGUUUUCAACCGGACAGAGACUUUCAGUCCUGGUUCCAAACCAUGAAGCCACUGGACCAGUACAAUAUCCACAACUUCUCCUGGGAGCUGGAGCCACCAUUUCAAUAGGCCAAAACAACAUCAAGGCCAAGGAGACCUGUCCUGGGACUGUGUCCACAUUUGAGAUACUUUUAUUUACUCUCCCCUGCCACUCCCUUACACCCCCCUGGAAACCUGUUCAUUUACUCCGCCCUGACACUCCCUUUUCCUGUCAUCUAUAUCCCUUAUUCCUUGCUCCUCAUCCCUGGCUUUCACUUAAAUAAAUGCAUGUUC